UUGAUUAGAAAAAGGAGCUUCUCUGUUUUACUGUUGCUUAUUCUCUUCUGGUAAAGAUAAGGCGCCAGAUUUUUUUGGGUAUAUUUUUGUACGGGAGAUCUUGUUCUGCUAACAUUUUUGCGAUUAAUUCCGCUGAUUUCUUACUAAUGGAGAAAGGCUUUGGAUUGGAUCUAGUUGCUUAAUAUCACUGAAAUUUUCAGGGAUGUAAUUGUUGGCACUAUCCAUAAAGUUGUUGCUCCUGCAUACUGAGCUGGAAGAUAUGACAAGCAUGGAGAUAUCUGUUAAUAUUCCAGAUAAUUGCAAUGCAAAUGCAAAUGCAGAAAUUGGUCGAAAUAUUUUUUGCAUAUUCAGUUCGAGGGAGGCUACGCAUAAUAUUUCAAUGGAAAAUAUGGAGAAAAUCAGAAAUAUAAUGAUACAACACGAGAGAUUAUUCAAAGAGCAGGUGCGAGCAUUACAUAAACUCUACAGCAUCCAGAAGUUAGCAAUGCAAGAAAUAAAGACCAUGUUGUUUCAUCCAAGCAAGCUGUUCUCAUUUAAUUCUAAUGAUCCUCAAAUUCCUCAAGCCCAUCCCAAAGAACCUCAUGCUUUUCCAGUUCCAGACUUCUCUAACCCACAAAGCCUUUUCUGGAUGGGUCCCAAAGAAGUUGAUCCUUCCUCCAUCAGUAGAAGAGAUACGAGGUGGGGAAUUGAUCUUGAAAGGCCACCUGAAGAAUAUAUGGAUGAACUAGAUUAUCAAGUAGAAAAUAAGCCUGAUUUAUCAGACAGAGAUGGUGUAAUACCUGGUGGUCUUGCAAAUAAUUUUUCUCGCUCAUUCAUGGGAAUCAAUCAGUUUGCUUCUCAAGCAGGUGCACAAGCACAAGCUCAGAGUUCGAGUCCAAGACCAGGUUCGGAAAGAAGGGAUGGGAGCAGCUCUUUCGCUAAUGUAUCAACUCCUUCGCUCGAGUCCAAUGGAGAACAACCCUUGUGGUUCCUUCAGGCUUCACCGUUGCUCACUUCCCAAAGGCAAACUUGUGCACAAACUGCAGAUAUAGCUAAGAUCGAGGGAUUGCAGAACCAAGGAAACCCGCCCAAUUCACAAACUACUCAAUCUUCUUCUGUCACCUACCUAUCAAGUUCAGCACAAGUAACAAAUGGUCAGUUCUAUCAGUAUCCAGCUCUAGAAAGUAUGAACAAUGUCGCAAGUCCCCUACAAGAUCCUUUCAAGAUUGUAUCACCCCAAAUGGGUUUGGCUCCAUUCAACCUUCAGAGCCAUCAAUCCCCUCCAGCUACACUUCAAGAAACUAGGGGUCCCAACAAUCCUUCCUCUGAAAACUUUCCUCUCUCAGAUAUGAUUUUGCUUUCUAGAAAACCUACAAACAAUAAUGAGGUCAUGAGAACAGGAGAAGAUGAGAAGAACGAGAACCCAAAUUGUUCUGGUCAAGGAAGCAGUAGUCCAGUGUCAGAAAGUGUCAAAGUUUGGAGAAAUGGAGAUGUCAAGAAUGCAAGAGAUGGUAUCGAUUGUGAGCAUAUCCACGCAGGCCAUUGCUUGACAAAAGGAGGCCUGUCAACCCACGAGGACACACCCCAUUUUAGUGGAGAAGCUUCUAUCUCUUCAUCUAUUCCAGGUUCCAUGACAGAUCAAAGGAAUAAAGCAAAAGAGAAAAAGAUGGUGAGAGAUAGUCUUAUCACAAAGAUUGAAUCCAAAAGAGAAAUGGGCAUUGGAGGAAACGGAGAGGAUUCUGAUGAAGAAUCUACCUUGGAAGAAGGGAGUGAAAGCAUGGCUGCCAUGAUACUGCUAAGCCUAGCUCCUGAAAAUUCACAGGCCAAUGGUGGGUGGCUUGAUAGUCUUAAGCAAAAAAUGGAGGGUGAGUCUAGUCAUUCGAGUAGAGAUAGUACAAGCCAACAAAAGAAACAGAUACGGAGUACAAGGAGAGCUUCAAAUAGAGUUGAUGAGGAGGUUACAUGGACCAAACCCAUAAGGCGAAGAAGGCGGAGGACAUGUCGUGUCAGCAACCGCAUACCACCAUCAAGAAGGCGGUAAGACCACUUGUUUUGUGCAUACUUCUACUUUGGCUUCUGGUUCGCUCCGUCUAGGUAUCAUAUAUAGGAAGAUAAACAACUCUGUUAUGAAUACGAGUACAAAACACAGGCCUGGUUAGUUUAGCAGCAGUUCUAUAGUAACUUUCCUUUUGAUCAGAUCAGGAUUUUUCUAUUUCUUGAGUGGUUUUCCUGGUUCAAGGAAGUCCGUCCGACCUUGAAUUCUGAUCAUCAGUAAUGAAAUGAACUUGUUUCAGUACAGGGUUAUUGAUUAGUUUUGUAAAGUGGGUGUGGCAAUUGGGUAUUAUGUAAAACAAACACAGACGUUUAUGCAGUGCAUGUGAAGAUUCCCUUA